UCGGGGGCGAGAGGCGGCGACGGUUUUCUCAUAGCGAGCAGCUUCACUUGGCUCCUCCCCGCCUUUAGCCCUGUGUGUAGUGAGGAAGCAGUUUCUUUCGGAGACAAGGCGAAGCAUCGCGGUUCUCAAGCUGGUUGGGUUGCUGCACCCACAGUUCUUCCUCGAGUCGAGGCACCUCCCAGACCCGCUAGGGGUUCUUCCUCCGGCAAUUGGUGAAGUGCCGAGUCUGCUGCUCAAUUCCGAGAGGGUGGCGAGGAGCAAACUUUCAGCAUUGGCGUCGCUGUGGGCUGCUCGGCGGAGCCUCUUUAAAGAAAGCAAAGCGGACUAGCGGCGUCGAUUCAGAAAGGGAAGGCGAGCGAGUCUCAGCUUUUACAAUGGGUUGCAGACUAAAUAAAUUGGAAAAACAUGAUGACAAACGGCCUGGUAACAUAUAUUCCACUUUGAAGAGGCCCCAGGUUGAAACGAAAACUGAUAUUUUCUAUGAAUACCACUUUCUAGAUUUUACAACUUUAAGUAAUGAGUUACCAAGUUCAGCAGUAAUCAAGCUGUCUUCUUUACGUGAUCUUCCACUUCAACUGCAAGACUUCUACUAUCAGGGCUUCCGUUUGGCUGCUAUCUAUCCCUUUCUGCAGCCACCUAAUAAGAAUGAGAAGACACUUCAGGAGCAAAUCUUCAGGGCUGUACUGAUCAAGAAAAUGGAAAGACCUUUACAAAGGGAGCCUGUCAAUGAAUGGAAUUCUUUGGAGAUUGAAAGUUGUUUCUUCUCAGACCAACUUUCAGAUAAAUCAAAAAUACCAGACCUUAUUAAAAAAAUUCAAGAUGCUGCAAGUCGGGGCUUGAAAUUUGUUGGGAUAGUACCUCAGCAUGUUUCCCAAAUGAACUCCAAGUGUAGUAGUGCUGUAAUAUCUAUCAGCAACAGCUCCGGAGAAUUAAAAGAUGACAAGAAUCCAUUAGAUAUUCCUGAAGAUUGUGCUUCAUUAAAUCUUGAAAAAGGAAAUGACAUUGAUGUAUGCAAAGUCCCAGCAGGAGAAGAAGAAGGUAGUAACCAGCAGGUGAACCCUAGUGAAGAUCUAGGAGGUGAACAGGCGGUCACUGAGCAUUUUAGCUUGAGCUCUCCUGAAGAACUUGGAGGGCAGCUUCAUGAAACUGAGAUCUUGGCACUCUUCAACCAGCCAAAGACCUUGCAGACAUCCAGCCAAUACUAUACUGUAACUGUACCUGUAAGAAUCAUCAACAAUGGAAAAAGCAUUUGUGCCUUAGAAGCCAAUUGGCUUGAGCACAUGACAGAUCACUUCCGGAGAGGGAGUAGAUUGGUACAUGGCAUCUUGGGUCUUGGAUUGAUAAAUGAUACCUUCCAGGGCAUGACAGAUGGAGUAUUCAUCUUUGAAGAUCCUUCUGUAGAUGAUAGCAGAAGUAUGCAAGGCUAUGAUGCUAUUGUUGUAGAGCAAUGGACAAUCUUAGAUGGGGUUCAUAUAGAGGCAGAUUACAAUCCCUUGUUGAACUCUCUUGCAGUGUAUGGAUGGCAGCUGACCUGUGUGCUUCCCACUCCAAUUGUAAAGAAAAAGAGAGAUGGAAAACUAGCCACAAAGCAGAUUGUCUUUCUUCAGAGACCUUUCCUGCCCCAGAAAACCAAGAGGAAGCAACCUAAGUUUCAUUGGAGGUUCUCUAAGCAAGACCAACACCAGAAGCAAGACAAGAAACCUCUGAAGGCAAAACUAAGUGCCAGAGUCCAACAGCAGCAGACAAUAGAAAAGCAGGAGUCAGAAGCCACAAAUAGAAAAAAUUCAGAAACACGGUUCUCCACAAAUGAUUUGCAAUUCCCAGUAAUUUCAUAUCAGCAGCUGGCUUGUGCUGAAGACAGAACUGUUGAGCACAGAGCUAUACCUUCCUACAACAAUGAGAUGCCUGCAGAAACGUGGAAUGCAAGACAGAGUGGUGAUCAAGACAUGGGGGGCUUCUGUUUGAGCCAGAAAGGCACAUAUAAAAAUUGUGAAAGCCAGAUGUUUCAGGAGCAUUGCAUCACAGCAGAUGAUGGGAUGUGUGAGGCACAAGGUGCAGAAACUGGCUGGAUCCCUGAGGUUUCAGUUGAUUGAGAGGGGCAAAUAUUUGCCAAAAUAAAGAACUCAUUUUGAUUAUCACAGUUAAACAUAACUCUACAGUAAACUUGAUUUGAUGAGUUUUAUAGGUACUUAGAAGAAACAUUAGCACUACUGUAUCUUCAUUUUAGCAGUAGAUCAAACUUAUUCAGCCUUUUUUUGCUAAUCAUGCAAUUUUAUGGGUAAAGAACACUUUAUACUUAAUAUAAUAUUUUUAAAUAAAGUAUUAUUGAUGUGUACCACUUUUUUAUUCUCUUCCAGAGAAUGGAAUUUAGGAGUUUAGAAGCUUUAAAUAACUGGUGAUAAUUAGAUUUUGUCUUAGUGAAACCAUUUGUAUUGUCUUUGGAUUAAAUACUCUUUUUCAGAAUUGUAAAGCAAUAAUGGAGAUUCAUAUUUUGUUUGAAAACCACUAGUGAUGGAGAAACAAAGCACACAAUAAUUUUCUAUAUAUUUGUCCAAUAUAUCUGUUUACUAUUCAAUCACUUAAUAAUCCAAACUAUAAAACAAUAUGUUUAUUUUUCAAAAAAGCACCAUAUUAAGUUUGUAUUAAUUAAAAAAGAUUGGGUUCCUGUCAUCUUCUUGUGUUGCAAAGAGAGGAAGCCUUGCUCAGAAUUUCACGGAAUAAAUAGUACCAGAAUGAAA